UGCUGAACCCUAAAAAAUUCAAAGGAGGCAAGAGAUACAGAUCGGCUUCAACACAUUUCAGCAGAAUGAAGGUUGUCGCUGCGUAUUUGUUGGCUCUAUUGGGUGGUAACACUAGUCCAUCUGCUGAAGAUUUGAAGAAAAUCCUUGGUUCAGUUGGAGCUGAUGCAGACGAAGAUAGAAUUGAAUUGCUCUUGUCUGAAGUCAAGGGUAAAGACAUCACAGAACUGAUUGCUGCUGGAAGGGAAAAGCUUGCUUCAGUUCCAUCCGGUGGUGGUGGUGUUGCUGUUGCUGCUGCCACUGGUGGCGGUGCUGCACCUGCUGCUGCCGCCGCAGCUGAGCCAAAGAAAGAGGAGAAAGUUGAAGAGAAAGAGGAAUCCGAUGAUGAUAUGGGAUUCAGUCUAUUCGACUAAGGGAUUAUGGUUUUCAUCGCAUACUUUAAAUUUGUUGUCGCUGUUCAUGUAUUUUUCGUAGUGAUUGCCUAGUUUUGUCAUAAACUUUUGGUAUUUAUUCAGAGCUCGCAGAUUUUCGCAGUUUUAACGCGUAGUGAAAGAUAUGAAACUAUUAGCCAAGUGGUUAUGUUUCGACAC